AUGGAAUUUGAGAACCAGACCUCUAUAAACGCAUUUAUUCUUCUUGGUCUGUCUGACAACUCAGAUCUGCAGAUUAUUUUGUUCCUGUUGUUCUUUAUUGUGUACAUGGCGACCGUGGCUGGGAACGUCCUGCUCAUAUUAGCCGUGAGAGUUAACAGUCGUCUGCAUGUCUCCAUGUACUUCUUUCUCGCGAAUCUCUCUUUUCUGGACAUCUGCUACACGUCAAUAAUCCUACCAAAGAUGUUGGUGAACAUUGCUGCUUCCUCCAAGUGUAUUUCAUUUUCUGGAUGUUUUCUCCAGCUUUACUUCUAUCUCUUAAUGGGGGAAACGGAGUGUGUUCUAUUGGCUUUCAUGGCCUAUGACCGAUUUGUAGCCAUAUGUAACCCCUUACGUUACAAUGUGAUCAUGAAUGCAAUGUCCUGUCUUGGGAUGAUCAGUGUCUCCUGGGUCACUGGUUGUAUCAUCUCCUCCAUUGAUCUAUAUUUUACCUAUCAGUUGCAGUUCUGUGGACCGGCCACCAUCAACCAUUUCUUCUGUGAAGGUCCAUCAUUGCUACAACUAGCCUGCAGUGAUAUCUCCGAGAAUAACAUUGUCAUGUUGGUUGGCAGCACCAUCCUGCUUCUUGUACCUUUAUCUCUCAUUUUAUAUUCUUAUGUACACAUUUUCCUGGUCAUCUUGAAAAUCCAGUCUGGAAGAUACAAGGCCUUCUCCACCUGUACAUCCCACCUCAUUGUAGUCAUCAUCUUCUACGGUACAGGUAUAUUCAUGUACAUGCAACCAAGGCACAGAUCUUCUGAUGUGUCUGGUAAAAUUAUAGCCAUUUUCUAUACAAUCAUCACGCCGAUGUUAAACCCUUUAAUCUACAGUCUACGAAAUAAAGAUGUCCACCAAGCUCUAAGACAAGUAGGAAAGUCCAUGGUCAUUUUACAAGGUUUAACAAGUAAACAGGAUGCGAUGAAUAAAGUAUUCCCAAAAAAAUAA